AGAAAAGCUCAAAUAAUAAGCAUAAAGAGUCGGCGCAGUUUCAAAAUUUUAUGUAAUCACAAAAGAAGAAGAAGAUGAAGGGAAUGAUGGAUAAUGAAGAAGAAGGAAGAAAAAGGGUGGUGAGUCUCGAAGAGCUGAAGAAAAAAAUGGCUGAAUUUGCUAAAGAAAGAGAGUGGGAUCAGUUUCAUACUCCAAGAAAUCUUCUUUUAGCAAUGGUUGGUGAAGUGGGAGAAUUGUCUGAAAUUUUUCAGUGGAAAGGUGAGGUUCCAAGAGGGCUACCAGAUUGGGAAGAAAAAGAGAAGCAGCAUUUAGGUGAAGAGCUCUCAGAUGUAUUGCUUUAUCUUGUCAGGCUUUCAGAUAUUUGUGGCAUUGAUCUUGGUAAUGCUGCACUCAGAAAACUGGAGCUAAAUGCCAUUAAAUACCCUGUUAACCUUUGCAAAGGUUCAUCAAAAAAGCUUACUCUUUUGAGCAAAAGUACUACAACAACCACCUCCAGCAGUGAAAAUGGUGUGACUAAUGAUGGUGAAUGAUCUUUUAUUUGAUUUAGUAGGGUCUAUUUAUAGUUCUUAGACUUGCUAUGACAUCUAAUAGUCUUUGUGCUUAAAGGGGAUGUCAACAUAUAGUGUUGAUUUGAAGUCAAUUAAUUUCUGCCCUUUCUGGAUUA